AUGAAGGCGCAGGCGGACCAGCAGCUCAGGCCAGCCGAGCGGCACGGCGCGGCGUGGGGCGCGAGAAGCCGGGAAGGAGCAGCGCGCGGCGGCGACGGCGGCGCGACGCGCGCUGGCGCUCGACGGCGCGACGCGCACUGCGGCGGUGCCACGGGCAGCGUGGAGAGCGCGGGAGCGGCGACCGAGAGGCCGGCAGGGCGGGGCGGGUCGGUGCGGUGGAACGCGGGGCGGCGCGUCAAGCAGAGGAAGGCCGGCGGCGCAAAGCACCACCGGGGCGGCUGGGACAGUGCGCACGAUGGCACGCACGGCGGCAACAGCGCGCUGGCGGGAUGCGUAGCAUGGGGAAGAGGAAGGGAGCGCGGAGGGAGGCUCACCGAUGGCGAGCUGGCGCGCAUGGCGGUCGGUGGCGCGGCAGUGCCGACUGGGACGACGGUGGCUGUAAGCGGCGGCCUUGUACCGUGGCGGAGCUCGGCUGUGAUGUGUAUGCCUGUGUGUGUGAAGGAGAAGGAGAGCAAAGGAGCUGCUGCUGUGUAUAUGGCGUGGGGGAGGACGCUUGCAGGUGAAGGAAGAGAAGCCAAUUUGGCUUUGGUUGCCGGCGAAAGAUCAGAGGGAGGUGUGAUGCACGGUGAGCUGAGAGAGGACUUUUGUGCAUGA